AUGGAAGUUCACGUUAAGGACACACCUGUGCUCGAGACAUUUUCUAAAAGACGACACUCCAAAACAAACCACAAGGGUUCCGCCGAGGUCUGCUGGGAGGAUCAACGAAACCUGGCCUUGAGAAAAGCCCGGACUAUGACGCAAUCUGCCGAUAUAGACGGUAUUGUUCUGCACUCUAUCAACAAGCCAACGGCCGAUACGUCCCUCUCGCCCGACCUCAAAGGCAUCAAGGUAGGCCUCAACGCAAUCACGGCCAACGGCGGUACGGCCAUCGGCACUCAGCUGUGCUGCCAGAUCCGCAAAUUAUUCGUGUGUCAAUUGUUGGUGUCGGUGGUGGCAGACAGCGGACCCGGCGACGGGAAUGGCAGUGUGCUGGCACCGAAUAUUGUCGACUGCGGCAACGAUCUUUCUAGCAAGCGUUAUCUACAGGUUGUGCUUGGAGGAAAAGCAGGACUGAUUAUGCCCAACGUAGUCCUUGCAGCCUAA